AUGAAUCGGUUGGGCUUCUUCCUCAGUGUCCUCAGCCUACUGCUAUGUCUUGCCUCCAUCAUGCAGGCAUGUCCUCCGCGCUGCCACUGCCAUGGCGGAGACCUGCAGCAUGUCAUCUGUGACAACGUGGGGUUGAAGAAGAUCCCCAAGGUGCCUGAACAAACACGGCUUCUCAACCUGCAGAAGAACAGCUUCCCCAUCCUGCCAACCAACAGCUUCCGUGACAUGAAAAAGCUGGUGUCCCUGCACCUCCAGAGCUCACGGAUCAAGGAGAUCUCAGCUGGAGCCUUUCGGGGGCUCAAGAGUCUGGUCUACCUCUAUCUCACUGACAAUCAGAUCAGUGUCAUAAAACCAGGAGCCUUUGAUGAUCUCUCUGAGCUCACUUACCUGUACCUGGACAAGAACAAGAUCCCAGACCUACCCAAAGGGCUCCUCUCCCCUCUUGUCAACCUCUUCAUUUUGCACUUGGGCAGCAAUAAAAUCCAGGAGCUGAAACCAGGGGCUUUCAAGGGGGCUAAAGACCUGCGCUGGCUCUUCCUCUCUGACAACUCCCUCACCAACCUCCUGCCUGGGGCCCUGGAGGACAUAGAAAAUCUUGCUGUCCUCCACCUGGACAAGAACCAUCUGAGUAACUAUCCAGUGAAUGCAAUGAGUAAGCUGAGAGUGCUGGAGGAGCUGAAGCUUUCUCAUAAUCCAAUUGAGGUCAUCCCUGACAAUGCCUUCCAGUCCUUUGGGCGAUACCUGCAGACACUCAACCUGGACAACAUGAAACUGAAGAAGUUUGCAGACAAUGCAUUUGCUGGUGUGACCGUGCUGAAGACUGCUCACCUGGAGAGCAACCGGCUCACCCAGCUGCCCCGCAGCUUCCCCUUCGACAAGGUGGAGACCCUGACACUCUCCCGGAACACCUGGCACUGCAACUGCCAGCUGGCACAUCUGCGCAAGUGGCUGAAAGGCAAUCGCACUCGCACCGAGGAGACCUGUUCCACGCCUGCACAGUACCGGGGACAGUCCAUCAGAGACACCCCAGCCCUCCGCACCUGCAAGCUCCCCACCAAGAGGUCCAAAAAGGGAAGUCGCCAUUAAAGACGUCUGGCCCUUCUGAACCUUCUUCUCUCC